GCUGCAUUGUGCCGCCUCGUGGCCCGGCGCCCAGCGAGCCUCGGUGCGUCUGCUGCUUUCAUUAUUCUCCUGGAUCGUGCAGAGGGCUUGGAGGGGAUGCUCUCUAAGACCACCCGCUAAGGACAGAGAUGAAGGUCCGGCUGGUUUGAAUGCUGCCGUUCUUACCCCGCGGUGCUUGUUGAACUCUGGGGGUUAUCCUGCACUUUGUGAAUCUCACGAAAGUUACAGACCUUUCCCUCAAGAUGUACAUUUUCAAGUGUACAUGUUUGUAUAUAUUUUCAGGGAGUUCACCCCCCACCCCCCGCCAGUCCAUGGAUUCAUUGUAAUUUCCCAGCCACCCCAUGAGCUAUAUGACUUUGACUUUCACAAUCCUCUUCUCACGAAUCCUCCAAGCACUUGGACAAAAAAAGCUGUUUUCAUUCCGAGAACAAUAUCAUUGGUCUGGCAUAAGACAAUUCAGCAAUUGGUCAAAAACAGAUCUGCUUCAUGGGCACUGCCUCCUCAAAAGAAGAAAGCCUAUUCUGUUAUUGCAGGGAGGUCAUCUAAGACCACGAGCCACCUGCUUUGUUUUCUUAGCAGGGUCGCAUGUGGGACUCUGCAGUGGCCCACGUGAGAUGGCUGAGCAACGAUUCUGUGUGGACUAUGCGAAGCGUGGCACAGCCGGCUGCAAAAAAUGCAAGGAAAAGAUUGUGAAGGGCAUAUGCCGAAUUGGCAAAGUAGUACCCAAUCCCUUCUCAGAAUCUGGCGGUGAUAUGAAAGAAUGGUACCAUAUUAAAUGUAUGUUUGAGAAACUGGAGCGAGCUCGGGCCACCACAAAAAAAAUUGAAGACCUCACAGAGCUGGAAGGCUGGGAAGAACUGGAAGAUAGUGAGAAGGAACAGAUAACCCAACAUAUUGCAGAUCUAUCUUCUAAGGCAGCAAGUGCACCAAAGAAAAAAGCUGUUGUCCAAGCUAAGUUGACAGCCACUGGCCAGGUGACAUCCCCAGUGAAAGGCUCUUCGUUUGUCACCAAUACCAAUCCCCGGAAAUUUUCUGGCUUUUCAGCAGCCAAGCCGAACAACUCUGAGCAAGCCCCCUCAAGCCCAGUCCCUAAGACAAGUCUCUCUUCAAGCAAAUGUGACCCCAAGCACAAGGAUUGUCUGCUACGGGAGUUUCGGAAGCUGUGUGCCAUGGUGGCUGAUAAUCCUAGCUACAACACAAAGACCCAGAUCAUCCAGGACUUUUUGCGGAAAGGCUCAGCAGGAGAUGGUUUCCACGGCGAUGUGUACCUAACAGUGAAGUUGCUGCUGCCAGGUGUCAUUAAGAGUGUUUACAACUUGAAUGAUAAGCAGAUUGUGAAGCUUUUCAGCCGCAUUUUUAACUGCAACCCAGAUGAUAUGGCACGAGACCUAGAGCAGGGUGACGUAUCAGAGACGAUCAGAGUCUUCUUUGAGCAGAGCAAGUCUUUCCCCCCAGCUGCCAAGAGCCUCCUUACCAUCCAGGAAGUAGAUGAAUUUCUCCUGCAACUCUCCAGGCUCACCAAGGAGGAUGAGCAGCAGCAGGCCCUGCAGGACAUUGCCUCUAGGUGUACAGCCAAUGACCUUAAGUGUAUCAUCAGGUUGAUCAAACAUGAUCUGAAGAUGAACUCAGGUGCAAAACAUGUUUUAGAUGCCCUUGACCCCAAUGCCUAUGAAGCUUUCAAAGCCUCACGUAAUCUGCAGGAUGUGGUGGAGCGGGUCCUUCAAAAUGAGCAAGAGGUAGAGAAGGAGCCAGGCCAAAAACGGGCUCUGAGUGUCCAGGCCUCGCUGAUGACUCCGGUGCAGCCUAUGCUGGCAGAGGCCUGCAAGUCCAUCGAGUAUGCAAUGAAGAAGUGUCCCAACGGCAUGUUCUCUGAGAUCAAAUAUGAUGGUGAGCGGGUCCAGGUGCAUAAGAAUGGGGAACACUUCAGCUACUUCAGCCGCAGUCUCAAGCCUGUCCUGCCUCACAAGGUGAUCCACUUUAAGGACUACAUCCCCCUGGCUUUUCCUGGGGGCCAUAGCAUGAUCUUGGACUCUGAGGUACCCCUGAUUGACAACAAAACAGGCAAACCACUGCCCUUUGGGACUCUGGGCGUGCACAAGAAAGCAGCUUUCCAAGAUGCUAAUGUCUGCCUGUUUGUUUUUGAUUGUGUCUACUUCAAUGAUGUCAGUUUGAUGGACAGGCCCCUGUGUGAGCGGCGGAAGUUUCUUCAUGACAACAUGGUUGAAAUUCCCAACCGGAUCAUGUUCUCAGAAAUGAAGCAAGUUACAAAAGCUUCGGACUUGGCGGACAUGAUAAACCGAGUGAUCCGGGAGGGGUUGGAAGGUCUGGUGCUGAAGGAUGUGAAGGGUACAUAUGAGCCUGGGAAGCGGCACUGGCUGAAAGUGAAGAAAGACUAUUUGAAUGAGGGGGCCAUGGCCGACACAGCUGACCUGGUGGUUCUUGGGGCCUUCUAUGGACAAGGCAGCAAAGGUGGCAUGAUGUCGAUCUUCCUCAUGGGCUGCUAUGACCCAAGCAGCCAGAAGUGGUGCACAGUCACCAAGUGUGCAGGAGGCCACGAUGAUGCAACACUUGCUCGCUUGCAGAAGGAACUGGACAUGGUGAAGAUUAGCAAGGACCCUAGCAAAAUACCCAGCUGGCUGAAGAUCAACAAGAUAUACUAUCCUGACUUUAUCGUUCCAGACCCAAAGAAGGCUGCCGUGUGGGAGAUCACAGGAGCAGAAUUCUCCAAAUCUGAGGCACACACAGCUGAUGGGAUCUCCAUUCGAUUCCCUCGCUGCACCCGAAUCCGGGAUGACAAGGACUGGAAAUCUGCCACCAAUCUCCCCCAACUCAAGGAACUGUACCAGCUGUCCAAGGAGAAGGCAGACUUCACUGUAGUGGCUGGAGAUGAAGGGAGCUCCACUACAGGAGGCAGCAGUGGCGAGAAUGAGGGCACCUCGGGGUCUGCUAUUUCCCACAAGGCACCCAGAGCCUCCCCCAAAGCUGUCAGUGCUAAGAAGGCUGAAGGGAAGCUGAGUAACCCCAACAGCAAAGACAGCAACAAACCGAAUGCAAAGCUUUCCCCUGUGAAAGUAGGAGAGAAGCUAGCCAUGAAGUCCUCUCCAGUGAAAGUAGGGCAGAAGAGGAAAGCUGCUGACGACAGCCCAUGCCAAGCAAAGGUGAAGAAGGUGCUGCUGGACAUCUUUACUGGGGUGCGGCUCUAUUUGCCGCCCUCCACACCAGACUUCAGCCAUCUCAGACGCUACUUUGUGGCAUUCAACGGGGACCUGGUGCAGGAAUUUGAUGUGGCCUCAGCCACCCAUGUGCUCGGUAACAGGGACAAGAACCCUGAGGCCCAGUUGGUCUCCCCAGAAUGGAUUUGGGCAUGUAUCCGUAAACGGAGGCUAGUAGCUCCCUGCUAGUGCUGUGAUCUUCCCUGCCUUAAGCUGUACUCUCCCUUGCCACACCAUCCCAGGGCUCAGGCUGGAGGUAGGUAGAUGGCGUAGAGGAGGGGUGGGCUGCUUCUCUAAGCAUCAAAUCUUCCAAGCCCACCAACUCCUCGUGGUCUCUUCUGGACCAGGAGUUAGUCCUAUGGACACCACAAGUGAAGUCAAUUUCUCUUGCUGGUUUAAAUAGAUCUUUCAGAUCUGGGUGCUGGCCUUUGUCAUCUAUAUUGUUUUCUUUAAAAAGAAGCUUAGUUAUUUUUUUAUAAAUAAAAUACCUUGCAGUAAUAUGGCUCCCCUCUCGCUCCCCAGUUUCCUUAUGCUAAGGAGUGAAGGCUGGGCUGUUGAAGCCCUGUUGGCAGUCUUCUCUCCCUGCCUGCUCCUUUUACUGCCAGACUCUUAGAAGCUAUAUUUAAAAGACUGCCCUCCAAAUUGGCAAAAUUUGUAUUCAGCCUGGCCCCUUGUGCCAGGAUGAACCUUCAUUUAAAAGAAAAAAAUGAACUUUGAUGACUUCAUACUGUGCUUUCUGUUCUGAGGGAGGGUCCCAGUUCCAAAGGAGGGGUAGGAUCAGGUAGGAAAUGAGGCUUGUAUAGGAAGAAGGUGGUUAUUUGGGCUGCUGGGGAAGCAGAUGAUUUAUUGGAGGCUCCGGAAAGAUCAGUCUGCCUCACUGAAGUCUGGAAACAGACUGCUUUUUCAGAAUACAAAUCCACACCUGAAGACAAGUCUACACAGAGACCAGCUCUGGCUGAUUUAUUUGAAGAAAAGACAAUUUGUAUAGACAAGUGUCAUUCAUAGACCUUUUAUGGCAAUGGAAAUAUCCUGAAAAUCUGUACUGUUUAGCUGAAGAAACCACAUAUGGGUGUUGAGCACUUGACAUGUGGCUAGCCCAACUGAAGAACUGGUUUUCAUUUUAAUUUGACUCCAAAUGGCCAGAAAUCAACAAUGACUACCAUACUGGACACAGAGGUAAAGACAGACCUGGUUCAAGUCCUGGAAUGUAAUAGCUCUAACCUCACACAAGUUACUUACCAUCUGAGCAUCAGUUCCCCUAAGUAGAAUGGGGACAAGCCUGCUCCUAAAUCACAGGUGCUGUCAGUGACCUCAGAUACAUUGUAUAUAGCAAAGUGCAACCUGAAUAGUUGUUACAAAAUUAGGAAUAGCAUCCUUGGCAUGCAUGCCCUCCCCGAUCCUACCUAGACAAGAGGCCCUGGCUUCUAACUACAGAACCUACAAUUCCAUGUCCGCAUGUUACAGCUUACACUUUGCACUGAAUGUGGAUUCAGAUUCACUGGAGUGCUCUGUGGCUAUUGACUGCUUCCUGUGUCUCAUCCUUCUACCUUUUGAGGAUCAGUUCUCUCUUCCCUUUUUACUAUCAAAUUUGUAGGCUUAUUCGCCCAUCUCCUAUUACAGGUUAAUGCGACUCAACCUCUAAAACUUUAGAAUGUCUGGGCCUCUAGAAGAGAGGACCAUACUCUUUUGCCCCUUGCAUUCAACUAAGGUAAUACUCUGCUAUGAGGCUACUUGCCAGUGUGGAGGCCAACUUAGCUUCCAGCUACCAUGUAAAAAGUGGGUGAGUUUAAAGGUAUUAGCCUAACACUGGACAUUUGGGGUUUUUGAUGAGGCACUGUUCAGUCUGGAUUUAAUACUGGGAUGAAGACACUUGUUAAUCCAUCCUUUGUGGACAUAAAAGCUGCUCAUUUGAGCACUGGUCUACACAGACUUUCAACCUUCUCCAGACUCUUCAGGCCAAGCAGCUGGGCAGUGGUAACAGACACGAAGCUCUGCUCUCCCCUCCCCUCCUGACCAAGACCCAGCCCUACCUGCUUUCACUGCUUACAUUCAGGGUGCACCCUGCCAGGUGCAGGCCUUUGUUUCAGUUACAAAUUUGUUUCUUGGCCCUUCUCUAGUUCCUCUGUGUUAGCUCCAACUCAGCAGUUUGUUUCCGUCCAGUCUUCCUGACGCAAUUUUUACUGUGAAGAUUAGACUGUAUAUUGUUUUGUACUUGUGUAUUUCUACCUGACCCUAAGCAACACUGUUAAACUUCCCUAAAUGGCAGAGCGCCACCCCCAUUUGGUGGUGAUGUUGGUGCUGGGGAUUAAAACUUGUCCUUGUAUUUGAUGGGCAAGCACUCUUCCGCUGAGCUAGGCCCCAGUCAGCUCCCACCCCUUGCCCUCUUUUUAAACUUCAGUCUUGCUAAACUGCCCAGGCUGAUUUUU